CUCAUGCAGCAGCUUUUGGCACCGAGCUCACUGUGACGUGCCCUACGGGGCGAUAGGAAUCGUCCAGAGGGGCUUCCGAGCGACGCCAUCGAUACGCUAUCGCAGCGCGUUAAAGCUAGCUUGCAGUGAGGCGCCUGGAGGCUGCAGCGCUGCAGUCUGCCACUUGGCACACUCGCACGCGACGCCGCAGCGCACAUCUGACGCCAUCGACGCGCAGCCGCGGCGAUGCUGCGGCCGCUGCUCCUGCUCUGCGCCUGCGCAAGCGCCAAGAUCGGUACGACGAGCCGCGCUGCGCCGGUGCGACCACUGACAAGCGACGAGCCGAAGCAGAGCUGGCGCCAGCAGUUGAAUGAUGCGCUGCCGCACGUGCAGGUGAGGAUCGCACCUUUGACGCACUUAAAAGUGCGGAAAAAUAUUGAAUGGCUGCGGACGCGAUUGUCCAUAGGAGCGGACUACUCGACGCAGCGCGGCCUCUGGAAGCUGCAGUACGCGUGGGAAGAUACCUUUAUCGGCGGGCGCAUGGUCCUGAAAGGGACCGAGUUGCAACUCCAUAAAGCCUGGGUGUUGACGCUGGGCACGGCGGCGAAUCUAGCAGCGACAUUACGCUUACGAGCAGCAUUGGACUUGCGGAACAUGCGGACUUCAUGCAGAUUUGGGUUUCGGACGGAGUCGCAGGGGGCCAUCAACAUUGUGGACGGCGUUGAUUUAGUCAAGAGACUCCCGUUAGAUGGCCAGGACGGCCAUGCGAAAUUAGAAGUCAAAUUACGAGUCGCCUUCCCGCAACCGGAUUUGAAUGUCGAGAAUUUCGGGGACGAGGGGAACGUGUAUGUGGGCAUGGGCGAGCUCGAGAUAGACGUCGACGAGAUGAAUUUAUGUUUAGACUGGUAA